AUGAAACGAGUAAAAGAAAGCGGUGCGUCAUUUAGAAAGAAAAGAAAGAAAAGGGAGGAAAUACGGAUUAAAAACACUGGAGCACUACUCAAAUACAUCUCUCAUAAGCCAACUUCUAGUUCUUUUAGUAUUGUUGCCUCAAAUAUGGGUGAAGAAGCAGCGCUCGAAAGCGAAAAAACAUUAUCCAAUGUUGUUCAAGAGGAAAGACCUGCUUCACACACUGGCGAAAAAGUAGAAAGUUUAUCAAGUCCUGAUGAAGAAUCUGCUGCACAAAUUGUUCUGUCUGUUUCUAUGAAAGAUAUUGGAUUAUGGCCUAACAAAAUUGACGACAAUACAAGAGUAUUUCUGGUACGUCAAGGUCCCUUUUUAAUUCAAAAUUUAGACGCCGACUUCAGCGAAAAAAUAAAACGUUCUAAUAAUACAAGCAAAGCCAAAGGUGAAACAAGAAAACUGAGUCGGGACUGGUUUUUUCAAAUUUUGCCUAAUGGCGAAAAGCUCUUAAGAUCGUGGAUGGUAUAUUCACCAUCGAAGAAAAGUAUUUAUUGUCAACAUGAGGUUAGUCCGCUGCACAUCCGAUCAUAUUACAAAUGGAAGGAAUUAGAAAUAAGACUUGGAAGUGGAGCAACUAUUGACAAACUACAACAACAGAAUAUUGAAAAAAAAAUAAAAAAAUGGAAGGAAGUUCUAACAAGAAUACUUGAUAUAAUUAGAUUCUUAGCAAAACAAAAUUUGGCAUUUCGAGGACAUCGUGAAAGUGUUCAUCAGGAAAACAUCGAUUUACUGGAAAAUAGAGGAAAUUUUCUCGAGGUUAUUGACUUAUUGGCUAAGUACGACCCAGUAUUACGAGAACAUGUAGUAAAAAUUAAGAUGGGUAAUAAAUAUAGUCUCUCUUAUUUGUCGCCGAAGAUUCAGAACGAAUUCAUAGAGCUAUUGGGAGGCGCAGUCAGAAAAACAAUUAUGGAUCAAAUAAAGCAGGCUAAAUACUUUUGUAUUAUAUUUGAUAGCACUCCUGACAUGUCACACAAAGAUCAAACCAGUCAAAUUAUUAGAUAUGUAGUUAUUGAAGGUAGCGAAGUUAAAGUUGUAGAAUCGUUUAUUGACUUUGUAGAAACUAAAGGAAAAACUGCUGUUGAAAUCACAGAUAUGAUUUUAACGAAAUUGGAAAAUGACGGUUUAGAUAUAAAAAAUUGCAGAGGACAGGCUUACGAUAAUGCUGCCGUCAUGGCAGGAAAGCACAGCGGUGUUCAAACUCGCAUUAAAGAAAUAAAUCCAAAUGCAGAAUUUGUAGCAUGUACAAAACAUUCCUUAAACCUGGCAUGUUUGCACGCAGCUUCUACAGCUAUCAAUUCCAUCACAUUUUUUGGAACUAUCGAACAGUUGUUUUCGUUGUUUUCUUCUUCCACUCAUAGAUGUAAUGUCUUACUUUCGGUCACUGGUCAAGGUGUUAAACGUAGUGUAGAAACUCGCUGGAGCGCUAGAGCUGCCGCGGUAACUAUAGUAAAAAAACAUUUUUUUUACAUUUUAAGCGCUUUGGAAAAAUUGACAUCUGAAGAAGAAAAUAGUAAAACGCGAUCAGAUGCUGGAGUAUUACUCAAUUCUAUGCAAUCUUUUUCUUUUCUAUGUUACCUUCAUUUAUGGGAAUCCAUUCUUUUGGAAAUUAAUGACGCUCAAAAAUACCUGCAAAUAAAGGGGUUAAAUGUCCACCAAUGCCAUAUAAAACUAAAUUCUUUGCAAAUACAUUUAAUGGAACAAAGAGAUACGCUAGUACAAAACGCUGUUAUAGCUGCCAAAAUAAUUUGUGAAGAGAUGGAAAUAUCGACAGAGCGUCGAGUUAGAAGGAGAAAAAAUAUGAGUGGGGAAAAUUCUCAAGACGUGGGGCUAUCCUUAGAAGAAGAAGUACGAAGAGAAAUGUUUUCAUCUAUGGACAGAAUUAUAAAGGAAAUAAAAGAACGCUUCGAUCAAUUGCAUGGUCUUGUAAGAAAAUAUUCGUGUAUAAUACCGUGUAACCUACUAAAUGAAGAAUUUGAAUGUCAAAUAAAUGAUUUGAUCGAAGUCCAUAGAGACACAAACACCUAA